AUGGCCCAUAUUCAAUUUAACCCUUCGCUGCUUGGAGCUUUGUCCGACAAAGUCGUGGUCCUAACGGGAGGCGCGACUGGUAUCGGCCGAGCAACCAUUCAACAACUAUGCAAGAACGGCGCCCAUGUGGUAUUCGGGGAUGUUGUAGAAGCUGCAUCACGAGAACUCGAAGUCGAACUGAGCCCCAGUGCUCAAUUCGUGAAAUGCGAUUCAUCAAACUACUCCGAUCAACUAAAUUUAUUCAAAACUGCAUUUGACAAAUAUGGCCGGGUGGAUAUCGUCAUCGCAAACGCGGGCAUCUCAAUCCCUCAAGAUAUUUUUGACCCGGCUAGCGAUUUCACCCAAGAACCCUCGAUGAAAGAAGUCGACAUCAAUCUCGUGGGAUCCAUCUUUAGCGCGCGUAUCGGCAUGCAUUACCUCCGUCGGAGUGGGGGUGGAGACCUCGUUCUCGUGAGCAGCAUCGCCGGGUGGAAGGAAUGUGGGGGCUUGGUCACUUAUACGGCGAGUAAGCACGGUGUCGUGGGGAUUAUGCGGGGCCUCCAUUUGACAGCGACCCCGGAGAAUAUCAGGGUCAAUGUUGUUUGUCCCUGGAUGACGAGAACGCGCAUGGUUCUCGGAAUUGAAAAGGGCUGGUAUGAGCAGAACCUGCCUGUCAAUGAACCAGAAGAUGUCGCUCGAUCAAUCAUAAUUUGCGCUACUGCGAAUAGAGGCAGUGACGGUCAGACUCAUGCAGGUGCUCGUCUACCCUUUGCUGGAAAGAUGUUGCAUGUGGCUGGCGGGGAGAGUUACGAAAUCGAGGACGAGAUGAAGAAUCUGGAACCAUCUUGGCUGGGAACUGAGAAUAGCAAGAUACUCGAAAAGGGACAGGCAUACUUGGCUUCCGAAGGAACGAGCUGGGAUACGACAAAGUCUAGUUAA